UCACUUGUUGUGAUACGUCAUCUUGUUGUUCAGUGGACGAUUGUGACGAAUCGGUCCGAAGAAUUUGUUUAAUUGCGUCAUAAUAGUCUGCCUGAGGUGAACUGACAGCUGAGAUAAAAAUUGGUUUGUGAGAAAAACGCUGCGUUUUAUAAGUAGGGUGCCUAUGUUAUAAACAUAAGGAAACAAGAUUUAGAUGAGCAAAGUUAACAUGCCGGAAAACCUACAAACCACGAGUCGUGACGUUGACGUAGCUGAUGAUGUAAUAUUGGAUCCUAACUGCGACCCUGACAACCCAGUUGUCGUUGAUUACGACAGAGUGGUGGACGCGAAACAAUGUAUUGGGAGGGGGGUUGUGAGGACGCCAUGCACGUGGUCGCGAAUGUCCCAUAAUCUGGGCAUCGAUAUCUUUUUCAAGAAGGAAUUCAUGCAGUUCACCGGAAGUUUCAAGGACCGAGGUGCUUUAUAUUCGUUACUAAAGCUAAGUGAUGAACAACGUCGUGGUGGAGUAGUUACAACAUCAGCUGGUAACCAUGCACAAGCAUUGGCCUACCAGGGGAGGAAGCUGAACAUACCGGUCACCGUGGUAAUGCCGAUGCAAGCUCCAUUGGUGAAGGUAAACAGUUGUAAAGAUUUACAAGCCACCGUCAUUCUACAUGGACAACGAUUCGACGAAGCGAAGUCGUACGCGAUGGCUUACGGAAAGAAACACAACUUGUUGUAUAUUAACGGCUACGAUCACCCCGAUAUAUUGGCCGGUCAAGGGACCAUCGGGUUGGAAAUCUUAGAAGACGUUCCUGACGUUGAUUGUAUUGUGGUCCCCAUUGGUGGGGGAGGGCUGGUGGCUGGGAUCGCUGCAGCCGCCAAACAUAUCAGACCGGAGAUUAAAAUUAUUGGUGUUGAGUCGCAGAAAUGUCCAUCGUGGACGUCAGCUGUUAACAACGGGAAGCCCCUUCCAUGCCCAAUAUCAAAGCAAGGAGCGAAGGAUUCUAUAACGGAUGGUUUGAGUGUUAUUGAGGUUGGCGUGAAUUCUUACGCCACCGCCCAUCCACUGAUGGAUAAGAUGGUUACUGUUAGCGAGGAUUACGUUUGUACGGCCAUCCUUCAACUUAUGGAGUUCGAAAAGUCGGUGGUGGAAGGAGCUGGGGCGGCGGGGUUCGCUGCUAUUAUUGCGGGGUUGUUACCCGAGUUGCAUGGACUCAAGGUUGUGACCGUGUUAUGUGGAGGAAACAUCGAUAUCACUACGUUGGGUCGAGUGAUUGAUCGCGCCCUCAUGAUGCAGGGAAGGCUGUGUAGAUUCAACUGCAUCAUAAGUGAUAGGGCUGGAGGGCUUGCUGAGAUAUUGGGGAUUGUUGCUGAUGGUGGGGCGAGUAUCAAAGACAUCAUGCACGACCGCAUGUCUCUCCCAUCGUUCGUUUACAAGACAUCCGUUCGAUUGACAGUUGAGACACGUGACAAGAACCAUGCGCGAAGUUUGAGGGAAAAAUUGGAAGAACAUUACGGGAGCGACCUAAACUGGAAAGCAGAAUAAAAAUGGAAAACUUUAAAUAAAAAAACAAUCUCAUUCAAUAGUUUACCACGGUGAAGCUCAAGUACAUCAAAUAUAUAUAUAGUACUGUGGGGUAAGAUGGCACUUAAUAUCCCAUAUUUCCCAAUCGUGUUUUUAACAAUCAACAUUGUUUAGAGUCAUGAGGAUACUGUUAUACAAUUCUGUAAAUAUUCUUAGUUUACUACCGAAUGGGACGAUAAAAAAGCACCACGUCCCAUCUUACCUCACCCAGCAGUGCUAGAUGUUUUGCACACAUAUAUAUACACCAUGCUUUAAAGUUGUUUUAUAUUCGUACAUUACAUCGUGACCUUUAUUUCACUGAAGACAUUAGUUACGGAUCGUGUUUUGCAUUUUGUGCCGCGCUUAUAACUUUGUUCAAAUCAUUUCUUUCUGUAACGUCUUGUGAAGAUAAAACGAUGAAAUAUUUUACAAAUGUAUUUACGUUGUACUAUAUUA